CGAAGGAUUUCAUUCGCGCUACUUGACAUUACAACGUUAAUCUGAUUCCGUGAGUUACGUAGAACGAUGUGUUCUUCCCUUCCCUUUGCAGUUCUAACCCAUAAACAACAAGUUUGCAGCCUUUAUAAAAGGGCUUUGCGCAAUCUAGAAGCGUGGUACGAUCGAAGGCAUAUCUAUCGAUACCAAGCUGUACUUCUGAGAAAACGAUUUGAUGAUUCGCGCUGCAUUAAAGACUUGCGGAAAGCUCAAGAUUUACUUAAAUGUGGUGAACGAGAACUUUUUGAGAAACGGCAUUAUCAACCGAAGAAGUUUCAGUACAGUCCCGGUGGUGCGGCAUUUGAACGAGAAGUUAUACCGCCAGAUUGGGUUCUUGACUUUUGGCAUCCCCUAGAGAAAUCUCAGUAUCCUGAGUAUUUCGAUAGAAGAGAGCAGCGAAAGAAGGAGUAUACCGAAGUGUGGAAGAAAAGAUAUCAAGAUACCGAAAAUGAAAGCGGUGGGUCAUAAGAUGAAUCUUUAAGUUGUAGGGCGGGAAAAUUUUUAACGAUUCUUUAAUUUUGAAUAAAGAUGUGAAUAUUUGUAAAAUAGA